GAACAGAUCCAGCGCCAUAGGUAUUCCUACCUGCUUACAGUUACUGCUACUACUAGUACUAUGAAUAAAAACCCUGCUCAGGCCGAGGCUGGGCCUUCUUCCUCUCUGCCUGUCAGUAUACGUCGCAGACAAGCUCAGCAGGCUAUCGUGAGGCGAGCUGCUCAAGAAGCCAGAGAAGAAACUCGUCGAAAGAGAGAGGCUCGCCAUCUUGAUCGAGAAAAGUCAGCAGAUGAUACAAGUUCUUCGAUGAUACUUAUUCUCAAAUUCACUGCUUUCUUCCAGUCCAAUCACAACUUUUCACAAGCAGGUCCUUCUGAAUGUCAGCAUGACAACAUCGACGAUGACGGUCUGCCAGAUCCGAGCCUUCCACGGCACUCUCCCACUCCUCCACCUGACGGAGACUUUUUCCUGCAGCGGUCACCAUCUCCAGGUCCUCCUCCACCUGACGAGGACUUUGUACUGCGGCGGUCACCAUCUCCGGGUCCUCCACCUGCCCAAGCUCUUCCAGAGCACCAACGUGUUGCAAUUGAUGUCGACAAGCUUGCAACUCUCGCAAUACUCCCCAAGAUGAAGGAUACAAUUGAAUUUAUUCGUGCUUUACAAAAUGCUUCCCUUGAUGACCCUUGUUCGAAACUUAAUGCUGCUGCUUUGCACCGUCUUCGCGAACCUCACCAAGCAUCCGGAAGUCGGUAA